AUGUCGUCGCGGAGGCAAUUCCAGGCGAUUCCAAUUCGAUCUAAGCCUGAACGCUCAAUCAAAAUCAGGAAAAGAGAGACUAACUUCAAUACUGAGGCUGAUAUUCCAGUCAAACAGACUCAAAUUUCAACAUUACGCGCAAAGACAACAAGUAGAGCAAAAACAUCAUACGAAACUUCAAGAAGCAAUGUUUCAGUUGUUUCCAAUGUUACUAGUAGAUCUUCUCCUAAGCAAACUCAGCAAAGCGAAAUUUCAACACUUAAUAAUCAAGAUUUAAUAGGUUUAAGAGAAGAUUUAUUGAAAUCUCACAACUUUUCAGAAGUAAAUCCACAUGAUUUAAAUAUGCUUUUAUCUCAUUUAAGAGUUUAUUCAACUGAUUGUGUUUUAUCUCGUGAUUAUGAUAAAGCAGAAGCGUGCGAUAACUUAGCCAAUGAAAUAAGAACAUACUUAAAGCAUCCAGAUACAUCUAGAUCUCAUAACUCCGAAGACAAUGAUCGAUUACACAAUCAAUUGAUGCAAUUUGCAGAUAAACUUGAUGAAUUCGAUCAGCAGACUAUACAACGUCGUUCGGAGCUCGAAAAACGUCACGAAUCCGAUCUUUGUCAAUUUGAUCAUUAUUGGCAGACAGAAGCACCAAGAAAGUACAGAAAACCAUCUCAAAAGCUUUUAUCCUUAUCAGAGAACGAGCGGAGAGUUGGCCUCCAAGGAGAUUACAAACUAGCUAGAGAAUUAAAAGCAAAAGCCGACAAAUUACGAAAAAUCGAAGCUGACAUCGCUCAACAACGUCUUAAUGCUGAUUAUGUUUCAGCUCGCGAUAAACUACUUGACAAGCAGAUGCAAGAAAGGGCCAGUUUCGAUAAAAUUCGAGCAGAAGCACGAGAAGCAUUAGCUGCAAAGCAAGAAGUGAACAUCAGAGCUGCCGCAAACAGAGAAAAGGUUUUAGCCUUCAAGGAAAGACAUACUGCUAUAACAUCGUCACGUGCUGACAAACACAGCGUUGAACCAUCAAAGUCAUCAAUUGCUUCAAUGCUUGGCCGAGAAAAAGAUUAUUUACUCCUUCCAAAGCUUGUUCCUCCUGAUUACAAUGCAAUAAGACAGAGUGAAAAUGAAAAGAACAAGGAAGCAUCAAAGAAAGGAAAAGAAACUGAAGAAAGAUUGAAACAAAAAGACGAAGAAAGAAUCAGAUUUUUCGAAGAAUACGAAUCCAGAAUGAAAAACAAAGCAAGUUUUAUCCAACAAAACGAAAACAAAAAAGAAAAGAAAGAAGACAAUACACAGAACCAAAACAAUGAAGAAAAUACACAGAAUGAAAACAAAGAAGAAAAGAAAGAAUCAUCGUCAAGUAGUUCAAGUUCAAGUGAUGAUGAGCGCAAGAAUCAAAAUCAAAAUCCACCUGAAAAUCAACAGAUUUCCCAUGAAAAUCCACAAAAUACAAAUGAAAAUCAACCAAAAUCUGAAGAACAGAACCAAAAUUCCCAGGAAAAUAAAACAGAAGAAGAUGGUUUAGUUAAACCUGAUCCAUUACCUUCAGGAUUGGUAACUCAGAUCAAAUCCGCAGUUGAAAUAGAUGAUUCUAGAAAGCCUACAAUUGUUUUAGGAGAUAAAACUGAAAACCAAGAAGAAAAAAAGAAUCAUGAUAAAGAUAAUGAAUAUUAUUCCGAUUACUAUAAUGGAGAAGAAGAUUACUACUAUUCAGAUGAUGAUCAUGGUAAAUAA